AUGUUAGCUAUUCCCAACACGAGUCACCAUCAUAUGCCUGCUAGCUUUGUUCUUGUUGGAAUUCCAGGAUUAGGUGAGGGAACUAUUUGGAUCUCUAUUUCUUUCUGUUUAAUUUAUAUUUUGUCUCUGCUGAGCAACUGCUUAUUACUGUUUAUCAUCAAGACUGAGCUAAGUCUCCAUGGUCCUAUGUAUUUCUUUCUCUCCAUGCUGGCUAUGAACGACAUAGCUUUCCCCAGCUGCACAGUGCCAAAGAUGCUAGCAAUCUUCUGGUUGGAAGAUGAACAAGUUGAUGCUGCUGGCUGUCUCACACAGAUGUUCUUUGUUCAUUCCCUUUCAGUUAUUGAGACUGGAAUCCUGGCUGCCAUGGCGUAUGACCGGCUCAUCGCCAUAUGUUUCCCACUGAGAUACACGACUUUACUCACCUACUCUGUACUUGUAAAGAUUGCCUCAUUCAUUGUGGUCCGUGCAGUUAUUUUCAUAGUGCCAAUACCAAUUCUGGUGGGACAUCUGCAAUACUGCAGCAAUAACAUUGUUGCACACUCAUACUGUGAGCACAUGGCUGUGGUGAAUGUAGCUUGUGGAGAUACACACAUUAAUAGUAUCUAUGGUCUAGUUAUAGCUUUGUCCAUCACUGGCUUUGAUCUGCUGUUCAUCGGAUUAUCCUACGUGAAGAUCCUACAGGCUGUAUGCCAUCUCCCCUCUAAGGAGGCACGUCACAAGGCUGUUGGGACCUGUGGGUCACACAUUUGUGUUAUUGUCAUAACCUACUUGCCUGGUAUCUUCUCCUUUGUCACUUACAGGUUUGGAAAAAAGACUGUUCCUCACAGUGUUCACAUAUUCCUAGCCAAUAUUUACAUCUUAUAUCCAUCAUUCCUGAACCCUGUUAUCUAUGGAGUGAAAACAAAGCAGAUACGGCAAAGGGUGCAAAGAUAUCUCCUUCAUAUCAAUAAGCCAAUGCCUUGA